AUGUAUACGGGAUUAGAAGAAUUAAAACAAAUAAUAUUAAACAAUCACGUAAACCAAAAACUAGGAUAUUGGUUGGAUAUUCAGUUUGGGUAUAUGCUAAGAAAUCUCAUCACAGACAUCCAAAACAGAUUGGACAGAUUUUCAAGUAUUGCUAAAGAACUCUUUGAAGAAUACUACAAAAAGAGUUUCAAUAAUUAUCAAGGCGUGGACGAAGCAGAGCUUGAGUCUAUCGAGAAUUAUUUUUCCAUCAAAAUCAAUAUCUACAGUACCACAGAAAAGAAAGCUAUCUUGCUACGACAUUCGAAUAAGCAAUUGAGUGAUAUUCUCAAUUUAAAUUUGUAUACUGAUAAGCAAAUCAAUCACUUUUUCUACAUCAAAACCAUCAAUAUAUUAUCCAAAACAUUCCAGUGUCCUGAAUUCUUUGAGGAAGGGGAUUAUAAGUCUACACCAUCUGUUUUUGAAAAGCUGAAAGUAAACGGUAUACUUGUUUCAAAAGAGUUGCGAUUUCAUCCUUACUUUAUUUUCUAUGAUGUUGAGACCUGGUUAAGGCCAAAUGAAUCAAAAUCUGAUACAAAACUACAGUAUCUUGGAACACACGAAUUGCUGAGUAUUAGUCUUAUGGGCAGUGAGGAAGAGAAACCUGAAUUUAUUCCAGUAGAAGGAACAACUACAGAGGCAUUGAAUAUUAUGAUUAUUAAGAUGAAUGAAAUAAGAAAGAAAUAUCUUCACAUGUUGUAUCCAAACUAUUGUGUAUUUUUCAAACAGAUUGCCAAAAUUGAUGAUGAAAAGAUAAAAUGUUGA